AUGCAUAAUGUUUCAGUUCUACUUAUAGUAUUGAUUGCAUGUCAUGCUCUUUGGGGUCAUAUUGAAUUGGGCUCAGCACUUUGUACUCACUAUGCUCAAAAUGGAAUAUGCAAAUAUGGGCCAUCAUGCAAAUUUGAUCAUCCACCGAGAACACUGAGUUACAGUCCAUCUGCAUCUUCUCUUGCUGAUAUGCCCAUUGCUCCUUACCCUGUUGGAUCUUCCAAGGGCACCUUAGCACCCUCAUCCUCAUCUUCAGAGUUGAGGCCAGAACUUAUUUCAGGGACUAACAAAGAUGCCCUAUUUAAUAGGAUGUCUUCUUCUGUUACAACAUCCAGUGUCUCCAUUGGUUCGAUGUUCUCCAGCAAUGCUUCUGCUUCUCAUGCUACUUUUCAGCAGUCUGGUCAAGCUUCUACCAAUUCCACUGCCAGCAUGAAUACAAGUCAAGGGGGGCAAGUUCGUACAUCAAGCUAA